GAGUGAUAUGUUAAAAGAUAGAUUAUAUUACGUGCCUCAUCAUCAUAAAGUCAUCAAAAAUACAGUGGGGAAAUUAUAAUAAACCAAAUAAAAAUACAGAAGACUUGGCCUAAAGGUCUAGAUACCAGGCCAUAAACUCCAAAAAAUAAAAAAAAUAUAUCACAACUGACAACAUUAAAAUUAAUAAUAAACACCAAACAGCUUUUUUUUUACUUUCGCUGUAUAGAAUAUAAGAAAAUGAUUCAAAAUAAACAAUUUAAAUGUGUUAAUUGUAGUGAAAAUGUUGGUGCACUGUAUAGAAACUAUGGCCCGUCUGUUUUAAAAUUGAGUAAAUGUGUAUGUAACAGUUUAUUAGGGUUUAAGUCACCAAUGAAUAUUGAAGAGCAUUGUAAAGGUAUAGUGGAUAAAUAUAUAGAAUAUGAUCCAGUCAUUGUAAUGAUUGAUCUUGUACUGAUCUCAAAAGAAGCCCAGAGACAUAUUAUAUUUAAUACUGAUUUUAAAGCCUAUUGGAAGCUUUUUAUAAUAUUAAUGAUGUUAGAGACAUAUGGAAUAUGGAGAAAUGAUAGCUUAUUUAACAUAGUUGUUAACUCUCUCUGCAAUAUACAAAAUAAUAGUACCACUAAUACUACAUUCAUUAAAUUGCCGCAACAGUUACUUUUAAAUAAUUUAGAAUCAUACAACAUGGACUGUAUGGAUUGGGCUAGAGAAGAAAAAGAUGGUGUGAACCUAUUUAUAUGGGAAAAAGAUUUUUAUAUACAGUUUAUAUCAACAUUCAUGGGAGUAAUUGUCUUUAUAUUAAUCAUUCAUAGCACAAUGCGCCUAUUCAGCAUUUACAGUCAGGAUACAAAAGUGGGUAUUGUUAAACUGUUGAAAUCUUAUUCAUUGGCUAACACAAGCCUGUUGUUCACUCUACCUACUCUAGUGUGGGGUACACAGGAGACAUUACCUGAGACAAGACUACUCCACUAUUUACUAGUAUUUCUCUAUAUGUUCACUGUAUUCUACAAUGUUUUUACUGUACUAUAUGAGAGUCCCAGAAUGUUUACAACAGUGAUUUUACUGUUCAGUCACUUGGUGAAAUUCAUCAUGACUUUUCACCUGCCUCCGCUCAUAAGGACAGUUACUACAUGACAAGUAAUAUCACUAAUAAUAAUCGUAAUAUCUGAAGAAUGUAUAUAUUAUGUAUGAAUAUGUAGAUAAUUUUAAAAUAAAACAAAAACUGAGUAUCACAGCAUAUUUAUUUAAAAAUAUAUAUCACGUUUACAUCAUGA